AUGGGCAAGAAGUUCUACGGCCUGCGAGGCCUUCACCUCAACAUCGCCAUCGCCGUCGUGGCGGGUGUGGAUUUCGCCCUGUUUGGCUAUGACCAGGUGAGUCCUUGCCACUUCCACAUUCACUCCAGAUUUGCCAAGACUAACCACCAAGGUAGGGUGUUAUGGCGCGCAGGCGGGUUGUUGACCUUGCCGUCUUUCCUCGACCACUUUCCCGAGAUCGAUACACAACAUCCAGAACGGACAGGCCGAACUGCCAGCGAAGUCUCCAAUAUUCAAGGUAUUACUGUCGGUGGAUACACUCUAGGAUGCUUCUUCGGUGCUGUGGCCACCAUCUGGUUGGGAAAUCUUCUUGGUCGUAAAAAGACAAUUCUGGUUGGCAGCGCUAUCAUGAUCGUUGGCGCUGCCCUUCAAGCCUCGUCUUUCGAACUUGGACAGCUCAUCUCAUCGAGAUGGAUCACCGGAUUUGGCAAUGGCAUGAACACUUCCACUGUUCCUACGUGGCAAUCGGAGACUUCCAAAUCGCAUCGAAGAGGCCAGAUGGUCAUGAUCGAGGGUUCGCUCAUCGUAUUCGGUGUCAUGCUUUCGUAUUGGAUCGAUCUGGGAUUCAGCUUCCUGGAGCCCAGUACCAUAUCGUGGCGCUUCCCAAUCGCGUUUCAGAUCAUAUUAGCAUUGUUCAUUGUCGCGCUGAUCCCAGGUUUGCCUGAAUCACCUCGAUGGCUUGUUCUGAAAGGCAGAGACGCUGAAGCCUUGGAGGUGCUGACCGCACUCAACGAUACGACUGAAGAUGAUCCAAAGGUCCAGGCUGAGUUCAAGGCAGUGAAAGACACUGUCUUUGAGAUGGCCCAAGGCAGCUUCAUGGACUGCUUCAAGUUCAAUCGCAACAGAAACUUCCAUCGUACAGCUCUCGCGUACGUCAAUCAAAUGUUCCAGCAAAUUUCUGCACUGCGCCUUCUAACUGAUGCACAGAUUAUCACGUACUACGCGGCCACCAUCUUCGAGAACUCCAUUGGCCUUUCGCCUUUCCUUAGUCGACUGCUGGCCGCUUUGAACGGUACCGAGUAUUUCCUGGCUUCCAUCAUCGCCAUCUUCACCAUCGAGAAAGUGGGUCGUCGGAAGUUGAUGCUUUUCGGCGCCAUCGGACAAGCCUUAUCAAUGGCUGUUCUCGCGGGAACGACGUCCAUACCUUCCGACGAUCCUCGAAGUCAAAAAGCAGGAAUCGCUGCAGCCGUAUUUCUGUUUGUGUUCAACAGCUUCUUCGCUGUCGGUUGGCUCGGCAUGACAUGGCUGUAUCCUGCUGAGAUCACACCACUUGACAUCCGUGCGCCAGCGAACGCUAUCAGCACAACGGCGAACUGGAUCUUCAACUUCAUGGUCGUCAUGGUCACACCCGUUGCCUUCGCCAACAUUGAAUACAACACCUACACCGUGUUUGCCGUCAUCAACGCUUUCAUGGUGCCUUGCGUGUACUUCUUCUUCCCCGAAACUGCGUACCGCUCUCUUGAAGAAAUGGACGAAAUUUUCCACAAGGUGCACGGCUUCCAGGGUAUCUUCGAUGUCGUCAAAGUGGCCAAAGAGCAGCCGAGAAGAUAUGGCAAGAAGGGUGAAUUGCUUAUUCCGUAUGAGGAUACCGAGGAGGCGAGGGAAGUUGCAAGGAGGAGGAGCUCGGUGGUCAGUGGAUCGAAAGGUGCUGGGACUGAUGUGUACAACACGGAGAAAGUGGAGGAUGUUACUGGGAAGUAA